CUAAAUUUUAAAAACAUAAAUAAAUCUAAAAUCAAUUAAAAAAUUGUAAAGCAAUCACUUCUUGACCCGAAAGUAUAAGCAUUUGGUUUUCUUGGAUAGACUCCCCUUUAGUAAUCCUAAUCCCGUACCCUCCUUCCUCCACUUUUAUUUAAAGGAGUGAGAUUGUAUGGGAGGGACAUUAACGUGCAUAGAUUGCAAAAUGCUCUAGAGCAUAUGUCCUAUUUGAAUAAUAUUGUAGAGUUCGUUGGUGUAACAAUACAGGAAAUGUUGUAAGUAUUCCCUUCAUCUGCUGCAGAUAUUGGGUUGGCAUUCCCUUUAAAGCUGCGAUUAUAUAGGCUUAAACUUUUUAUAACUUUAUGCUUAAGCAUUUUUUGAAUUCCUUGUACCUGGACUUGUUUGGCUAGAAACCUAAAUAAGUGUGAUUUUCAAGGAAUACGUUGUAGAUUGGAGAAAAUAACUUCAAGGAUUGACAAUUUGAGGAAGGUGGGUUUGAAAAUUAGAAUUGGCCUAAUCUGGUAAUCUUAGAAGGCUGAUUUGAACUAUUGAAGAUUUGGGUUCUUGCAAUUUUGUGCAAACAGUUUUGAAAACAUCGAAAUUUGACUAAGGAAACUGAUUUUGAGCAUCUGGGUAGGUUGGGAAAACAAGAUUGGGCUCUUCUGACCAGUUGGGUAGGUUGAUUUACAGAGAUUAGAAGCUGGGUCUUAGGAAUUUUGAAGAAGAACGUCGUUAACAAGAUCUGGUUUCAUGGAGCGGGGCAAUUCUGCGUUGGAAAGACCUAAAACUAAGAAGAGUUGCGAGAUUUCGGGUCAUAAGAACAAGCUAUGGGGGUUUCAGAGUUCCAACAAUAGAGAGAAUACCGAGGAAUUUGAUGAGUUUACAGAGGAGGAUGUGUGGGGUGUUGCCGAAACAGAGGCGAAACAAUCGGGGUGUUAUGAAAAUGGAAAUAAGGGCAAUGCAGUAUCCAGAAAGGGUAGUAAGGAGAUGAACAUUGGGGUCAAUUCUAGUAGAAGAAUGAAAAUUCCCAGAGGGUGGAACCAUUAUGAUGAGAAUGGCAGUAAUCAAAUGAGGUAUCAGUCUGCUCCUGUUAAUAUACCUGAUUGGUCUCAGAUACUCAAGAGUGAGAGUUGCAAGCAAAUGAAUAAGGUGGGGGAUGAUUAUAGGAGUGAUGAUGAUGGGGAUUAUGAGGAAAAGAUCCCACCUCAUGAGAUUGUUGCUAAGCAGCUUGCCAGGAGCCAAAUAACUUCAUUUUCAGUCCAUGAAGGAGCUGGAAGGACUCUCAAAGGUAGAGAUCUCAGUAGGGUUCGCAAUGCAGUCUGGACAAGGACUGGGUUUUUUGGGUGAACAAUUUUUCACAAUUUUGAAUCAAGUCUUACUCUAUGUAUAGUUAUAGAACUAUUCAGGAGCUUAGUCAGGAAUUCUGAUUAUGUAGGUGUUAUGAAUAUUCAUGUCUAACAAGGACCAGGAUGUUUUUCAGUGAGAAAAGCAAUCCCAAGCUUGAAUUAAGGCUUGGUUUAUGA